AUGGAAAUAGAUAAUGAGAGCCAGCUUUCUCAACUAUUUAAAUCAUGUCUUGAACGAUAUUACAAUGAAAUAUAUGACAAUAACCGAGAAAUUGUGAUAUCAGAAGUUGCUAACUUGCUAAAUGAUGUUAGAGCUUUGCAAGUAUACAUUGAGAAGCUAAGUAUUUUUUCAAUGAAUGAAGAACUAGAUGAUAUUGCAACCGGAGAUCUAAAAUAUUUGCUUCUACCAUAUCUUCUAGCUGAAUGUCAAAGAAUAAUAUUUACUUAUACAAUGUUAAGUGAUAAUACCAAUCGUCAAAUAGAACUUAUAAAGGCUCAAAAUUUGUACAAUGCAUUUAUAGAGAGCUUGAAUUAUAUCAAAGGAAUAAUACCAAAGGAAUAUUAUGAAUUCAUAGGACUUUCACCUUGUGAAGAUAAUUGGGACAAGCAUGGGGAGUUUGAAAUGACUAAGAAUACCAGAUAUAUGAAAAUACAGAGAUUUAAAAGAAUUAGUGAACUGAAAAAGCCUGUUUAUAACUUUUUAAAACAUGGCUUGGAUAAUUCAGAUGAAGAAAUAUUAAGGUCAAAUAGCAUUAAGACCCUCAUUUUAUUUUUUUUAGAAAGUGUUGAACAUGUAAGUAUGUUAAAAUAUGAGACUGAAAUUUUGAGAUAUGGAACAACUAACUCAAAUGAAAAUAAUAUUAGAGAUCAAAAAAUACCCGAUGCCUAUGGCGAAUUCCCUAAACUUUCAUCUUACAAUAUUGCUCCAAAUAUUCAAUAUAUUACUACAGAUUGUACAGAUAACUGUUCUAAACAUGUCAAGUUCUUUAAUUUAAGGGAACUAUAUAGAUCAAAAGUAUUUGGACCAAGUCAUACGCUACCUACAAUAAGUAUAUAUGAUGCAGCUGAUAUUGAAAUAAAACAAGCUAUAGAGUUGGAAAAAGCAAGCUUUGAGGCCAAGAAGAACAAGGAAAAUGCUCAAAAAAAUAUACUGUCUCAAGAAUACUCUAUAGAAGAAGAAAAUGAGCAGAUGAAACAACGACAAUGGGACGACUGGAAGGAUGAGAACCCAAAAGGUAUUGGUAAUACCAGGAAAAAUGUAGGAUAA